AUGCCUAUCCUCAUUGGUUUUAAUAAUGAUGAAGCUCACUUUCUGCAUAUGUCUUUAGAAAACGAACAUUACGAAAAUGAAAAUUUACGGGAUAGCCUGGCAUUGGAAUUCAAUCUUAAUGCCAAUGGAUUUAAAGGAAUGGAAGAUAUAGUUCGAAAUUUUUAUUUUGGUGAUGAGCCUAUGAGUGCAGCAGUAAAAAGAAAUAUCAUUGAUUUCGAUUCAGAUUUUAUGUUUAUCUCCCCAGCAUACAGAAGCAUUUCCAAAUAUUUAGAUUAUGGAGUUGGAAAUAUAUUUUUUUACGUUUUCUCAUAUUCUGGAGAAAGAAAUUAUUUCAAAGACUUCUUUAAUUAUACUGGUGCGACUCAUUCUGAUGAAUUGGGUUAUUUAUUUGAUAUAUCUUAUAUGAAGGAUAAGCCCGUGACACCUGAAGAUCAAGUUAUUAUUAAUCAGAUGACAACAAUGUGGGCUAAUUUCGUCAAAUUGGGUACCCCUGUACCGAAAACAUCGGAUCUGCUUGAAAUUCAAUGGGCCCCCAUUAACAAUCAAUCACAGAGACCUUACUUGAAUAUUGACUUGCAACUGUCACUUCGGAGGUCGGCCUUUCCAUCAGCGAGCAACUUUCUGGGAUCUCUUCUAUAG